UUUAGUUAGGAGAAAUCCAUAAUAAAUAUUUUCAAAAUAUUAUUAAGGAGGUCUUCUCUUAGAGUAAUUUCACUUUGCAAUUUUAUAUUAUUCUAUCUGAACAUCAAUUAUAAUACUUUGGAAUGAAUAUUACAUUGGAGACAUCUGAGGACGACUUUGAACCGCACUUCAGAGAUAGAAAAAUACAUGAUGAACUGUACAAGAAAGCACGACGAGAAACAAAGACUCAAUUUGAAAUCAAGCGGAACGCUUUGAGUGUUCUGGUGCCCCAUAUCAUACGAAGAAGAGGAACUUCUAUUAAGAAGCAGGAAGGCGAUGGUGAUAACUCCAGGCCGGCAGCCCAACCGGAGAUUUUUUUGUCACCGUGGAUAACGUUGGAUGGUAGAAAUUUACUUAACCAUUUGCAUCAAACCGCAGAGGAUUUAAAAUUUAUAACAAGCAGUUCUGGGUACCUUCUCUAUAUUGUGGAUGAUAUAACAAAUGAAAUAUUUAUUUGUUCUAAGUCGUUGGCUGAAAUAACUGGACGAAGAUUCACCUGGAAAAUAACGGGAAAAAGUACAAUAGCCGCUUAUGUAGCUAAAGAAAAUAGAUCAGUGAUUGUUACCGAUGCAAAAUACACAGUAGAGAAAGAAUUUCCAGAUGGCCAGGACCUAGGUGACUUUUCUGCGGGUGACAUCCUUGCAAUACCAGUUCGGAAAAAAGACAUAUGCGUGGCAGUUAUUGAGUUAACUAGAAACAAUGGGAUACCAUAUACUAAGGUUGAACAAAACCACGCUAGCUAUAUCGCAAAUUUGGCUGGAAGAGUGAUUGCUAGGAACCGAAAAAUUAUUCAAAAACGAAAGAGCGAAGAAGUUAAUGACAUGCUCAUUGACGAAAUGCUGAGAGGGAUGACUGAAAAUUUGGAUGAAAGAGAUGCUUUUGCUUCUUAUAUCGUGAACUCAGCAAGAAAAACCCUGGAUGCUGAAUCCGUAACUUUUUAUCAAGUUCAUGAAGAAUCUGAUGAAUAUGAAAGGAAGAUCACAAGUGACUACAACCCUGUGCUGUAUUUGGAUGCAAGCAAAAAGAAAGCGAGAAUCGAAAAGGAGAAAAGACUAUCGACUAUAAUCAAGAACAGUAAAACUGUUGUAAACUUUACUGAUGUAUUCAACGACCCGCGAUUCAACAAGGAUACAGACCGGUACGUCGGAAUGUUGAUAAGAUCAGUGCUUGGAGUUGCUGUACCAAAGGAAAAAGAUGCAUGUUAUGGUGCAAUAGUCGCCAUAAAUAAGUUGGCUCACGAAAAAUUCUCAUCCUCUGAUGAAUCAUAUAUUGCAGCUUUCGCCAGAUACUUAAUGAUAUUUCUGGAAUACCAAAAAAUGUAUGAUAAGCAACAAUAUAGCGAAACAUCUAAUUUAUCAUUUGUGCACUUUGGGAUGUCCUUGAUUGCCCGAAGGUAUGAACAUCCAGAAAUGUACGUCCUGGAGGAGACGAUUUAUUUACCACCAGAUUUUUACAAAUUCAAUUUCGUACCAAAUGAUCCGGAUGAGAAAGAAAUCCCGAAAUACAUUUAUCACAUUUUCAAAUCGGUCAAUAAGUAUUUUCCGGACAAAGAUGCAAUCUAUAAAUUUAUCUUCGCAGUGAAGAAAGUAUACAGAAAACUUCCUUAUCACAACUUCACAACAGCAUUCCUGGCAUGUCAUUGCAUAUACUUGAUUAUUUACUAUUACCCAUCGCGAUUUCCAUCCACACUUGAGAAAACCGCUCUAUUAAUGGCUGGCCUCCUCUUUGAUGCGGAUCAUCGGGGACUAUCUGCAAAAUAUAUGGAAGCCGUGGGAGAUCCUAUUAUGAACCACGCAUACACGACUCCAAUGGAGAUGCACCACUACAGGGUAUCCAAAAUUUUGAUAAAGGCAACGAAAAUUCUUGAACAUAUUCCCGAAGAAAAAAUACCAAGAUUCUUUCGAAUCUUCAAAGAAUGUGUUUUAUCUUCCAAUAUGGAGUUCUAUAUAAGGCGAAGGGUUGACGUUCGAGUUUGGAUAAAAACGAACACUUUGGAUUGGAACAAUCAAGUUCACCGAACAGGGAUACGUACAAUUAUCAUAACAGCGUCAGGGUUUAUCUCUCCUGUCAAAGGUCUAGAGUAUUGCCAGUCGGUAAUCGAGGGAAUUUUUGAUGAAUUAUUCCAUGAAGGAGACCUGCUACGUGAGAUGGGAAUACAACCUCCCGCAACAAUGGAUCGUGAAAUAAAGAACAGUUCUAUUAUUAGCGAAACCACCUUCCUAUCACACUUCACGUUGCCGUGUUUUGAAAUGUUACGAGAUCUUUUCCCGAUGACUGAAAUCCUACAUAAGAAUACAGAAGAAAUACUGCAGUUCUGGUUAUCUAAGCUUACAUCAAGUGACCUGGAGUUCCAUGAAGACAAUGAAGAGAAUCACCAAGAUGUCUACGCUGCAAUUCAUGAUUAGGGGUAUUUUCAGCAAGAGCUCACGAUGCUUCCAAAGCUGGAACUUCCAUAGGCUAUAGCACUGGAAAAAAAAUCUAAUAACUUUCGACAAUUGGAGAAAAGAUGCACUUUGCAACCUAUCCUAAAAUUAACAUUUGUUAAUUCAAUCUAAUUUAUAUUAGAUUUACCUUAUCUGUGUAAAAUAUUUAUGAAAAAUAUUAUUUACUAGCGGUUUAAAUGGGCUAACUAAAUUUUACUUAAAAUUAGAAUGAGAAAAUGCCAUUCAACAGCAAUGUCACCCACAAUCUAUUAG